AUGACCCUGACCCCAGUCCUCGUUACCGGCGCCAGUGGCUACAUCGCCAGUUGGAUCACGCUCUACCUCCUUGAAGCUGGCUACCGUGUGCGCGGCACGACGCGCAAUGCGGCCAAGGGCCAGUGGAUGCAGGACAUGUAUGCGUCUCGCGGCCUGAAGGACUUCGAAUACGUGAUUGUGUCCGACCUUGAGAACGCCAAUGCUUUCGAUGAGGCCGUCAAGGACGUCGAUGCGAUCAUGCACACUGCAUCGCCGUUCCACUGGAAUGUCACCAAGCCUGACGACUUCAUCAAGCCCGCCGUUGCGGGGACUGAGUCCGUGCUCCGUGCAGCGUCGAAGGAGCCCCGCGUUCAGCGUCUGGUCAUCACGAGCUCGUACGCCUCCAUCCUGGAGAACCGAGACCCUGGAACUGCGACGUUCACGGAGGACGACUGGAACCAGCAGUCCAUUGACGCCGUCGAGAAGGAGGGCACUGAAGCAUGGCGCAUGCACUGGUACCGUGCCAGUAAGACGUUGGCCGAGCGUGCUGCGUGGAAGUACGUUGAAGAGAACAAGCCCAGCUGGGACCUCGUCACUGUCUGCCCGCCUACUUCCCGGGAGGUAGCGCUAACUACAGCCGUCGCGAACUGGUACUCCUAUCUCACCGGCGAGAAGACGGCUGAGGAUGCAAUCGCACCGGCCGGGAUCCUCUGUGACGUCCGCGACGUCGCUCGAGUGCAUGUGAAGGCGAUGAUGUUGCCCGAGGCUGGCGGCCAGAGAUUCGGCAUCGCUACCCUACACGAACAUCCUGAGCUUAUCGCUGAGUUCCCGAAGACGGUCAAAGGACAACCUGGAGCCCCUGUUCCGACAAUCAACUGGUUCGACUGUUCACGCUCUCUCAAGACCCUGGACAUGACUCCCACGUCUGAAGUUAGCACUGCCGUAGACAUGACGAAGAGCUUGGCCGAGCGGAAGGCAGGAUGGGCGGAGGCGAAGGCUAUGAAGGCGUAG